AUGACAUCUAUUUUGGAAUGGCUGGAGAGACUCUUCGGCAAGAAGCUCUUCAACUUGGAAUGGUUGAGGAGACUCUUCAGAAGGUCUCUCAAGUUUCCUGUCUCUUUCCCAGAAGCCGGCUGGGAUGUUAUUCCUGCCGAUGGGAAAGUCGAGGAGGAACAGAUGCCAACCUUUUAUGACGAAAACUUCUAUUUCCCUGUCACUAUCGGUGACAUUUUACUCUCCCGGUAUCAGGCUGUUGGUAAACUCGGAUGGGGAACUACAUCUACCGUUUGGUUGGUUCGAGAUCUCGAAAUGAAUGACUAUAAGGCAUUGAAGGUUUUUGCUCUCGAUGUAUUUGUGAGGAAAAAGAUAGGCGAGGUAAAGAUUCCCCAAAAGGACUGGAAGUACUAUGAGCAUUUGGCCCUUCUGCAAACGCCUCUGGGGGGAGAGUUUGCAAGAUCUCCAAAAACGUUCGGCAGAAUGCCACAUGAUUCAUGGGGGCCACUUGAACCAGCAUCCCAGUUGGGUGUGAUUCAGCUUGGAGAUUUCGGCGCCGCCGCGCAAGGAGACGAGCCACGCAACGGUGAAGUUCUCCAGCCUAGUCUUUAUCGAGCGCCCGAGGUGGUGCUGAAAAAUGAGUGGAAUUAUCCGGUUGAUGUUUGGAACUUGGGGGUCUGGGCCUGGUGCGCAUUUGAGGGCAGUCCACUCUUCAUCUGUACCGAAACCUCCGAAACCAAGCGUUCUUACUCCAUCUCUCUACAUCUUGCGCAAUUUACUGGGUUGCUGGGACCACCACCUCCUGAUUUCAUAGAGCCUGACACUAUCAGUGCCGAGUAUUUUGAUAAAGAUGCCAAGGAUUGUGAAUUUAAGAUGACCAGUUUUGAAGAGUUGGAGAAACAUCUUGAAGGGGAGGACAAAGAGAUGUUCUUGGACUUGAUGAAGGGGAUGAUCACAUGGCGACCAGAAGAUCGAAAGACCCCAAGGGAGUUGAUAAAACAUUCAUGGCUUCAAGGUAUGGACACCUGCUUCUCACAAGCCAACUGA